AUGAAGCGCACAACAGAUCAACGGCCUUCUCUUGAUGGCAAUGGCAUGCGCGAGACCAAAAAGCGGGCUCUGUCCAGCGAAGAGGCUGUCGCACGCUUUAGCGACGGUCUGUUCGAUCCGGUCAAGCUGAAGAACUAUACCGAUGCAUACGCAAAGUCUUCACCAUACCUGCACGGCGUCAUAUGUCCGCUGAUUGAGCCAUCUCUGCUCCGCUCUGUUCGCGACGAGGUGCAAGAGCAUCUGUCCUUCACCGAGAAGGAGACGGACAUCUACAAGAUUUUCCAGUCCGGAGACUUGGCCAACUUAGACGGCCUCGAUGAUUCCUCCCUUUCCAAGCUUCCCUCCCUCCUCAAGCUUCGCGAUGCCAUGUACUCGGCUCGCUUCCGCGAGUACCUCUCCUCCGUCACCGGGUCCGGCAAACUGAGCGGCAAGAAGACAGACAUGGCCAUCAACAUCUACACAGAGGGCUGUCAUCUUUUGUGCCAUGACGAUGUCAUCGGUAGUCGUCGGGUCAGUUACAUCCUCUAUUUGACCGAUCCAGACACUCCAUGGCAGAAGGAAUGGGGUGGUGCGCUGCGCCUCUAUCCGACCACGACCAAGAAGGAUGCUCAAGGCGCGGAUGUGAAAGUCCCCAGCCCUGAUUUCAGUCUCUCAAUCCCUCCCGCCUUCAAUCAGCUCAGCUUCUUUACUGUCCAGCCCGGCGAGAGCUUCCAUGAUGUGGAAGAAGUUUACCACCACCGCGAAGGCGAGGACAAGUCGAAGAAGCGCGUGCGCAUGGCCAUCAGUGGUUGGUUCCAUAUUCCCCAAGAAGGGGAGGAUGGCUACGAAGAAGGACUUGAAGAGAAGCUUGCCGAACGCAGCAGUCUGGCCCAGCUACAGGGCCGCGCUGACAUCUACGAUCUGCCUCAACCCAAGCCCGUCUCUUGGGAGGCCCCGGAAGUCUCUGGCAAAGGAAAGGGGAAGAUGGAGGAGGAAGAAGAGGGUAAUGAGUUCACCGAGAGCGACCUGGAGUUCCUCGUGCAGUACUUGGCCCCGUCCUACCUGACCCCCGACAUUGCCGAGGAGAUGUCCGAGGCUUUUGGCAACGAGUCCUCGCUCAGCUUGGAGCGCUUCCUCAACGAGAAAUUUGCCUCCCGCGUGAGCGCCUAUAUCGAAGACCAAGAACGCAAGGGCCUGCCCGCGUCGUCCGAGGAGAUCCAAGCCGCGACCGAGUGGACAGUGGCCGCGCCCCCCCAUAAGCACCGUUAUCUCUAUCAGCAACCGACGGAUGACGACACCAGCAACCCCGUCAAGGAACUGCUGAAUGUCCUCUUCCCCUCGCAGUCCUUCCGAAAGUGGCUUGCCCUGAUCACAGGCGUGGACCAUCUCAAGACGCACAACUUCCUUGCCCGUCGUUUCCGUCGUGGCGCCGACUAUACCUUGGCGAGCGGCUAUGAUGGAGAGGAGCCCCGCCUGGAAUUCACUCUCUCCCUGACCCCCACCACAGGAUGGGAGAAGGAAGGUGAAGAGGAGGAAGAGGAUAGCGGAGCCGAGGACGACGGCGAGGAGAAAGCCGCGAAGACGACGUCCAAGGCGCCCCAGAAGGGCGCCGCUCAGGAAACCGCAGACCACCCUUCCGUCGGUGGAUAUGAAAUCUACAUGGCCGGAGACGAGGAUGAGGACGAAGAAGAGGACGAGGCGAACGCAGACCAAGUCCUCCGACCCAAGAAGACCAAGGCUGACCCUGCGAUUUACCGCUCUGCCGGUGCUGACGAAGACGAUGGAAUCCUCUUCAGCAGUCAGGCGGGGUGGAACCGUCUCAGCAUUGUGCUUCGUGAUAGCGGCACCUUGAAGUUUGUCAAGUAUGUCAGUGCCAAUGCCAAGGGUGAUCGAUGGGACAUCACAGGUGACAUUGACGUGGAGUUUGACGAGGAUGAGGAUGAGGACGAGAAUGAAGAUGACAACUAA